AUGCUUUUAACUGAGUCUUUGCUGGGUAUUGAACAGAUGAAGAUGCCCCAGAUGCAACAGUCUUCUCAACAACAGGACCAGCUGCAGCAGCAGCAACUGCUACAGGACAACAGAAAAAGAAAACAUUCUUCUUCCGGAGCUGCCAAUAGUACAGGUACAGGAAAUACUAUGGGGCCGUCCCCCAACUCUCCACCAUCAACUCACACACCUGGUGAUGGAAUACCUACUUCUAGCAGCAUGCAGCACGCAAACAGUGUGCCUAAGAGCUUGAUGUAUGGUGCAGAAGGAACAGGUGGUCUCGUAUCAUCUACGAAUCAUCUGGACGACAUCGAACAUUUUGCAGAUGUUGAAUCAUUUCUAUCUCAUGAUGGAGGAGACGGGAGGGAUUUAUAUGAUGGCACAGUAAAGCAAGCUCUUACUGAGCAGAAAACAGAAUCUUCGAAGGGUUUUUCCUUUGGGGAAGUUGGUUGUAUACGUACAAGAAAUAAAGUUACUUCGUGUCAUUUUUCUUCUGAUGGGAAGUUGCUAGCUUGUGCUGGGCAUGACAAGAAGGCUGUUCUUUGGAACAUGGGCACCCUGCAAACUGAGAGCACCGCCGAAGAGCACCAACAUUUAAUUACGGAUGUCCGUUUCAGGCCGAAUUCUACUCAGCUAGCAACAGCUUCAUUUGAUAUGUCUGUCAGAUUGUGGGAUGCAGCUAAUCCAAGCUACUGUUUGAAUGCAUAUACAGGGCAUACUUCACAUGUUAUGUCCCUAGAUUUCCAUCCCAAGAAGAGUGAUCUUUUCUGUUUUUGCGAUAGUAACAAUGAAAUUCGCUAUUGGAAUAUUAGCCCAUUCAAAUGCACUCGAGUUUCCAAGCAAGGUGGUAGUGCACAAGUGAGAUUUCAACCAAUAAUGGGACAUCUACUGGCAGCAGCGUCAGAUAAAGUGGUGUCCAUCUUUGAUGUAGAAACCGACAGGCAAACCCUUUCUUUCCAGGGACAUUCUGGAGGGGUAAUUUACCUGUGCUGGGAUCCUACAGGCGAUUAUUUGGCAUCUGUCAGUGGGGAGUCCGUGAAAGUUUGGUCAUUAGCCUCAGGAGAGUGCAUUCAUGAUCUCAGCUCCAAUGGAAACCAGUUUCAUUCUUGUGUUUUCCAUCCAAGUUAUUCUGCUCUCUUGGCGAUCGGUGGACUCCGGGCUGUUCUUUGGAACAUGGGCACCCUGCAAACUGAGAGCACCGCCGAAGAGCACCAACAUUUAAUUACGGAUGUCCGUUUCAGGCCGAAUUCUACUCAGCUAGCAACAGCUUCAUUUGAUAUGUCUGUCAGAUUGUGGGAUGCAGCUAAUGUAAUUAGUUCUGCCUCUUCUCCAAGCUACUGUUUGAAUGCAUAUACAGGGCAUACUUCACAUGUUAUGUCCCUAGAUUUCCAUCCCAAGAAGAGUGAUCUUUUCUGUUUUUGCGAUAGUAACAAUGAAAUUCGCUAUUGGAAUAUUAGCCCAUUCAAAUGCACUCGAGUUUCCAAGCAAGGUGGUAGUGCACAAGUGAGAUUUCAACCAAUAAUGGGACAUCUACUGGCAGCAGCGUCAGAUAAAGUGGUGUCCAUCUUUGAUGUAGAAACCGACAGGCAAACCCUUUCUUUCCAGGGACAUUCUGGAGGGGUAAUUUACCUGUGCUGGGAUCCUACAGGCGAUUAUUUGGCAUCUGUCAGUGGGGAGUCCGUGAAAGUUUGGUCAUUAGCCUCAGGAGAGUGCAUUCAUGAUCUCAGCUCCAAUGGAAACCAGUUUCAUUCUUGUGUUUUCCAUCCAAGUUAUUCUGCUCUCUUGGCGAUCGGUGGACUCCGGUCAAUGGAGCUGUGGAACAUGGCUGAGAAUAAGUGCAUGACGGUUCCAGCCCAUGAGAAUAUUAUUGCUGCUUUGGCACAGUCACCCGUCACCGGUAUGGUUGCCUCUGCAAGUCAUGACAGCUCUGUCAAGCCGAAUUCUACUCAGCUAGCAACAGCUUCAUUUGAUAUGUCUGUCAGAUUGUGGGAUGCAGCUAAUCCAAGCUACUGUUUGAAUGCAUAUACAGGGCAUACUUCACAUGUUAUGUCCCUAGAUUUCCAUCCCAAGAAGAGUGAUCUUUUCUGUUUUUGCGAUAGUAACAAUGAAAUUCGCUAUUGGAAUAUUAGCCCAUUCAAAUGCACUCGAGUUUCCAAGCAAGGUGGUAGUGCACAAGUGAGAUUUCAACCAAUAAUGGGACAUCUACUGGCAGCAGCGUCAGAUAAAGUGGUGUCCAUCUUUGAUGUAGAAACCGACAGGCAAACCCUUUCUUUCCAGGGACAUUCUGGAGGGGUAAUUUACCUGUGCUGGGAUCCUACAGGCGAUUAUUUGGCAUCUGUCAGUGGGGAGUCCGUGAAAGUUUGGUCAUUAGCCUCAGGAGAGUGCAUUCAUGAUCUCAGCUCCAAUGGAAACCAGUUUCAUUCUUGUGUUUUCCAUCCAAGUUAUUCUGCUCUCUUGGCGAUCGGUGGACUCCGGUCAAUGGAGCUGUGGAACAUGGUUGAGAAUAAGUGCAUGACGGUUCCAGCCCAUGAGAAUAUUAUUGCUGCUUUGGCACAGUCACCCGUCACCGGUAUGGUUGCCUCUGCAAGUCAUGACAGCUCUGUCAAGUUAUGGAAAUAA